UCGAAAGCAUGGCAUAUACCGAAUGUGGCCUCCGAGUGGUGGUCUCAAAAGUAUUGGGCUUGAGUGGAGCCUUUUUUCUUUUCGUUACAUGCCUCAAACCCUCCUCCUUCCAGUGGGUGGCUUGGCCGCUUUCCAAUACCACAGUCCAAAAGAAGAUUAUACCAGCACGUUUCUUUUUCCAUUGGACUACUCCGUAUAUCCUCCCCAUUUCCGGUAACCGCAUGUUCCCUGUUGGCAGGCAUAUAUACACACACUCGCAUGAGCCGAAGAUCAGAUUGUACAUCGCCCAUAGACAUUGGGAUGCACAGCAGCUGAAGCUCCCUGCCUCCGUCGCUCGGUCUUGGAUUACAUGCUUCUCUCAUUCCUUGCUUCUCGAGCUUUUCGGUACAUCUGAGAUCCAUAGAGACUUUCAACUCGUGCCAUGUCAAGACCACUGCCAUUUCGCCUCACUUUCCCCUUUCUGUCAGACGUGCCGUGCCUGAGUGUACGUUGUGGGAUACAACCGCCCAAGUACUGCAACGGUAUGCCCGAAAUGCGCCAUCUCAGGCUGCAGGGUCCUCCUGCAUGCCACAAAUUUGAGUUGCCC